GUGUAAGCGCCUUUAAAACGUGACACGAAAAUGAUUGUAAUUGGUGGAUAGAAACGAGUUUUGUAAAAGUGCCUUUAUUUUUAAAUGUCAAUUAUUGAAAAAUCAUCGGACUACUUCCAUGGAAUUUGGGACCAAUAAGGACUGUCAAAAUGAACUCUCUUUACCGAGUAUUUGUUUAUGGAACGUUGAAAAGAGGAGAACCGAAUCAUAAACUAAUUGAAAACACAACGAACGGCUAUGCAAAGUUUUUAGGUUCUGGAAAAACAGUUACCAAAUAUCCAUUAGUAAUUGCAACGAAAUUUAAUGUUCCUUUUUUAUUAAAAAAAUCCGGAAUUGGUCACCAAAUAAUAGGAGAAGUUUAUGACGUUGAUACUGAGAUGUUGAAAAAAUUAGAUGAAUUAGAGGAACAUCCUGAUUUUUAUCUACGGACGGAAGAACACAUUCUCCUGGAUUCACAGGAUCAAAAUAUUUCGGAUACAAUUUUAAAUGAGGACACGAGCUUAAUAAAAGCGUGGAUAUAUUUUUUGCCAAAUUUUAAAACCGAAUUGCUCGAACAGCAAAUGUUUUCGUCUUACAGCAAUAAUGGAAGUCAUGGUUUAAAGUACAGAGAAAGGUACCUUCGGGAUCCAUCUUAUAAUCAUCGAAAAGAAGUUGUUGCAUGAUAUUUAGCUUCUUUCUUUUCUUAUUUUCACCACUGCCAAUUAAUCAUGCGAAAAUGAAUUCUCCAAGCCAGAAGAUGUUUCUUGAAGAAAAUACACAGAACAAAAUAUUUAAAUAAGACAAUAACUAAUUUUUAAGAAAGUGAGACUAUUUUUCAAAUAAACGAAAAAUGAAAUAAGGUUUUCAACUUACGAAAAAGAAAGAUUUUCAUCAGGUUGAAAUUUCUUUUAAUAAAUCAAAAUUGUUUACAGAAAAAUAAUGUUAAUAAACCUGUUUGUUAAAUAAAGAACCUCUUUAAACAAU